AUGCCUCCUCGCUCUCACCAGCGCUGCCUCCUCCCAAAUGAGGCCUGGCCCCCGCUCAUGUUCUUCAGGGUCGCCGCCGUUUCACAAGCCAACAAACGCAGACGCGCCGGCGGGCUCCGGCUUCGCCCGGGCGCGCUCGCUCUCCCUGCGAAGGCGCCGAUCCCGAUCCCCGCGGCGCUCCUCCCUGCUCGCCGCGAAGACCCAGCGCGCCAUGUGCCCCGCGAGCGCUGCCGCGUCUUCGACCCCGUCUUCUCCGCGCUGGACGUGGCCGUGCUGGCCGAGCUGGGCCUGGCGGUCGUCUCCGAGAACGAGGAGGGGAAGCACCCCGUGGGCGACGGCACCACCCUCUUCUACAUGAUCCACUGCGGGAAGGCGUUGUAUAACAACCUGCUGUGGAGCAACUGGUCGGUGGCGGCGCUGUCCAAAAUCAUCAUCGUUGGGAACAGCUUCCGGGGCAUUGAAGAGAGGUUGCCGUCAAGAAUAUUAGAGAGAGAUUAUUCCUACAUAGCAAAGGUUUUAAAAGGAACAGAAGAAAUUCCACUUCCCACUCACCCUCAGUAUGCAGAUGUAUUCAACGACACUUCUGUUCACUGGUUCCCUUUAGCCAAACUCAAGGAGCUCCCGUGUGACACCUGGCUGUUCCAGGAAGAGCCAACAUACCAGGAGUGUGAGGACCUCGAGAUCAUCCGGAAGCAGGACAAAGGGAGCAUUUUAAGGUCAACCCAGAAUGAAGUGGAGUCUUAACAGUUCUGUGGCUUGGUGCCGUUUUACAGGGCGACAUUCAUCUUCUCUUUUAUUAACUUAUGUUACGUUGAUGCCUGACACCGUGGACCUCAGCUGUCGGCUGGCUUGACAUGGCCAGCUAGAAACCUUGAAGGCAGCGGUGCCUGCAAACAGGGGUAAAUGGGACACACUUUUCUCUAAUAGCGUGAAAAUGACACCUUGGCUGAUGCUAUUUGUAACGACAGUAAACUCGGUUUUGUACUAAACACCAUUGUCCUGCGAUUUAGAAAGUAGUGGUAUGUGCAGAAUCAGCCACUUCCUGUGCUGUAGCACCCGCUCUCCCUAAUCGCCCCAGAACAAUGCAGAGCUUAUGCUGAUCUUUUGGGUAGUUAUUCCCAAAUGAGCACGGACAGAUUUUGAGCCUUUACAGGGGAAGAGGGGAUAUUACAAUUUGAGGGAUUUCCAUCCGCCAUUCAAACCAGGGGCUCUGGAGGCUUUUAUGCUCUACGGGACUGACUGCCUGUUCAAGUCUGGAGCAUUUGGGGGAAGGAAGGAUCAGGCCUUCUGCACCUUGCGCUUACAGAAUAACAAGUUGUUCCCAAAGGAUGUCCCAAGCAGCAGCUGGAAGGACCCCCCAGCCCUCCAGUUCAGCGCUCUGAGUGUUGGGGGAGCCCUCAGCCUCCCAAACCUCUGUGUGCUGGGUGGGAGCCUGCAGGAAACACUGCUGCGGAGGCAGCACAAAAGCCCUUGCCCUGUUCUGUUAGCCUGACCUCUGCUUAUCCACAUGCAGACGCGCUGCCUCUGUGGCCAAUCUAGCCU